GAUUUGGAGAAUAUUAUGCAAAACAUUGUUAAUCCGUGGGUGGAUGACUGCGUCAAAACCCACAAUGGAUGCCGAGAGGUGCAACAGCUGGGUUUUGAAAGUUGCACCCCGACUCGGUUGAUAGACGUUGGUACAACACACGAAAAUACUGUCAAGCUUGUUGAUUCGGGUGGACUAUCAAAGCCACGAUAUUUGAUAUUCAGUUACUGCUGGGGGGCAUCCAACGAUCGAUCAAAGACAACACGAGCCAAUAUAGAGCAAAGGAGAGAAUCAAUCCUAAUAGCAGCACUCCCUGAAUCAAUCCGCGAUGCCAUUGCUGUCACAAAGCUUAUGGGAGUGCGAUAUCUCUGGGUUGACGCCAUAUGCAUUAUUCAGGAAGAUAAAGAGAAUAACGAUGGUUUUCUUGACGACUGGAACAUCGAAGCCGCCAAAAUGGCGAGUUAUUAUUCCAACGCACUGUGCUGCAUAUCAAAUUUGAGCGCCGCAGACAGCUCGGAGGGCUUCUUGCGAGUAGAAAAAGCAGGGCUUCGGCAAGAGGAUCGACAAAGAACAUUUACACAACGCAUUGGAGUAGAACACUUCGACUACGUGCAAUCUUCCAAAGCUCAAAUUGGCGGGUUGUGGAUGAAGCUGGUCACUUUCUAUUCUAAAAUGAAUCUUACGGACCCCACGGACCGCCUUGUUGCCAUUGAUGGAAUUGCUCGGCUUAUUUGCGCGAAAUACAACAUCGGAUACUUUGCUGGCGUUCUUAGUUCUCACGUUGCCCAAAUGCUGCUCUGG